AACGCGGAAGGGUAAUUGCGAACAUCAUUAGGCUUUCUUGUUCCUGGGUUCGGUCGCUGUCUCUGUCUGUGUUGUGUUGGUGUUCGUGGAAGAAGAGAAGGAAGAAUAUGAGAUGAUAUGAUAACAGCAGAUAGGUCUGGCCUGGUUAAGAAGAAUAGUAGCGUUGCCACUUCGGCAGAGAAGAAGGAAAACCAGAAAGAGAAAGAGAAAGAAAAUCAUCCACAUAACACCAAAACCCAACAAACUCAUCAUGGAUAUCUGGCGCAACAUGAUUUUUCCAGUCAGGCGUGUCUGGCUUGCUCUCUCUGCUCGUCUCAAGACUCGCAAAAACGGAGAAGGACUGCUGAAGCUUCAGGAUGAUGUACAGACUUGUGGAUAUGAAGAUGUACAAGUGAUGUGGGAAAUGCUACAAAGAACCGAAAGCGAUGUUACAGAAAACCACCAUAAGCGUAAGCAAUUGCCGUUCUGGAGGAUCUUUGUAUGGUCCAACCACACUGAAGCUUCAUCAGAAUCUGCAAAUCACACUUAAAAACCAGACACGGGUUUUACGUUUACAAAUAAAACCUCCACUGAUGUAUUGCAGUCUGCAACUGGCAAGCCACCGUUCUUUUAUCUCCCCUUUGCCAGCAUGGCGGAGGCAUGUUUCUUGGCCGCUGAAACCAAGUACACGUCCCUGUGACAACAAAAUCGUUUGAGGUUUCUCUUUUACAACUGAAACUGUACUCCGUAUGACAGUAGUAUGUAAAUAUGCCAAUAGUUUGUCAGAAGUCAUACCCGGGUUUCUCUAACGGCAAAGCAAGCAAUUUUCACUUGUCAAUGACUAUAAGAUUAACUGUGUUCAUUGUUAGUAACAAGCAGCAGAGUGUUUAACUUUAAUGCGAUCAUAUAAGAUAAUAAUCUCAACUUUUGUCUGUAUGCCUACUAGUAAAAGAAAAAUCCGAACGUAAAAUCCCGAGUCAAACUUACACAAAGGGGCUGUAGAAAUUAUUAGUGAGAGCAUUGUGGUGUUAUAAUCUAAAGAUUAUCUACUUUCAGACCACUACGAUCUUCAACAGAAGACACACGCAGGUACAUCGUAAUAUGAUAUAUGUGAAUUUCUAUUUCCAACAUCGUCCUCAGCUUGCUAAUUGGUGAAAUUAAUGUAAUGUUGACAUAACUGUAGAUAUAUUGUUCCAAUUAUAUACGGUUUUAAUCUAUUCUGAAA